ACAAUAGAGGCACGGACCGACUCCUAUUUUUCUCGGUUAUCUAUCGGUCGGUUCCGGCUUAUUCGGCGUAAAAUCACACCCGCGAUGCUGCUGUUUAACGUGUCCCGGGUACUGCUACGAAGCGCUCGACGCGUAAGUGACCACCAGUGCCGCGAUGUGCACCGGUGGGUGGCGCCAACGCUGCGCGAACUUCGUCGCCGCCGGGAAAAGAUGGGCCCCGAGGCCGUCCUUCCACGCUCGUCGCACACGGAUUGGAACUAUAAUGCGGAAAUCUUCGCCUUCGGUAAACGGCUACAGGAAAACUUUGAACCGAGCGUGCUCCAACAGGCCUUCACACACCGGUCCUUCAUCGAGCAGGAAAAGCAAAAGCAGGCUGCGGUUGGUAUCGAAGAGCCGGUGCUAGGCGUUAACGAUAACCGGGAACUGAUCGCACAGGGCGAUGCGCUCAUACAGCAGCACGUCGAAGCAUUUCUCCUGAAGGCCCUACCCCGGUUACCCCAUCAGUUCAUUGGUUCCAUCCGGGAAGCACUCACCACAGAAGCGCAGCUCGCUCACGUAUCCGCACACCUGGGCACGAAGGAUAUCAUCCUGGCGGCCGAUUUCCCGAUCGAUGAUACACUCCUGGCAUCGACACUGAAAGCCAUCGUAGCAGCCCUGCAACGGUCCUCCGGUGAUGAACGGUGUUUUCUGUUCGUUCGCGAUUUCCUGUGCACCACCCUAAAUCAGCGCGAUCCCUUCGAGUAUCUAGACAUUCCGGACCCGCUCGGUACGCUGCGUGAGUACUGUCAGGAUCGCAAGCUAGCAGAACCCAAACCGCGCCUCAUCGGUACGGUUGGCCGGAAUACGCUACUGGCAGCCCACGCCGUUGGCAUCUAUUCCGACCGGAAGCUACUUGGGACGGGCUAUGGAGAAGAUCAAACAAUCGCUACCCAGGAAGCGGCGCGUGACUGUCUCCGCAAACUGUUCGGUAUCGAGCUACACAUGCGCCCAGUUGACUUUAAUCUAACACUGCCUGAUUGCGGUGCGAAGAUCAAGAGUGGUCAGGCGGUCAAGGGAGGCGCAUAAGGGUUAACGGUUUGGAUGGAGUGUGUAUUGUCGGGGUGUAAAACGUAAAAUAAAACAAUUUUAGAGCUU